AUGGAAAGAUCUGUGGUAGUCAUCUGCUUGACGUUCCUCAUGUCGUACUUCAUGCGUUCCAAGUGGUUCAAGAACUUGAUAUUGAAUGUUGAAAAUAGCAAGCAUGCCUCAUCAUCGAUCAAUAUCAAUACGCCAGGUUUUAGAUUGACCAAACUUAUCCCUACCCAGUUUCAAAGUGGUAACAGUACAAAUCUCUCUACUUUACAAGAGACUCUUGGCUCUUUCUUACGUUACAGAGAUUAUGAAUCGAAUCAUAAUGAUCGAUUGAUGCAACGAUUACAAAGUUUGAGCAGUAGUAGAAUUGAUGCAUUAAGUAAGAUUGGUUAUACAAAUAAGAUUGCUCAGGUACAAAACAGUAUAAGCAGUAAUGCCAUAGUUGCUGAAAACAUUGUUGACUAUGCCAUGAAGCAGAUCAGUCUGCAAAGGCAAGAGUUUCCACAGGAGAUCGAAUCCCUAGGCCGACAGCUAAGCACUGGCUGCGCCACAGAAAUAUCAUCAGUAAGCAGUAACGUCCAACGAGUCAAUGAAGCAUUAUCACAUCUCUGUCGAGAUUACAAUUCCAAGUUCAAUCAACGAGAGAUCCAACCGUUGAUGGAAUACAUUACAACUGUCGUUGACAGUUUACCAAAUGAUCCGAACAAGAAAACAUUAAUAGUGGUACCAGGUGCAGGUGCAGGUUAUAUACCGUAUAAAUUAUCACAGAGAUAUCCCAAUUAUAUUAUAGACAGUAUAGAAUUGAGCGGAUUGAUGUAUAUGUGCCAGGAUUAUAUGUUAAACCAGGAGGAAUCGAAAGCCGAGUCUAUUGUACUAAGACCAUUUGCACAAUAUUACAGUGGACAAUUGAACCAUGAAUUACAAAAUAAAGAAGUGAAACUUGAUAUGGCCCCCAGUGAGAAACCCUGUAAUCUCAAUCAUCUUUGGGGUGAUUUCUUGGAAUAUGAGCCUAAGCAAGGUCCUUACGAUGAGAUUAUUGUCGUUACUGCAUACUUCAUUGACACCUCUGCGAACAUGCUAGAUUAUAUUGAUAAGAUUCAAAAUAUGACACGGUAUUUAGCAAACCCAUCACAGGGCAUCCAUUGGAUCAACAUUGGUCCAUUGAAGUACGGUACACAACCUAUUGUGCAAUUCACCGUGGAGGAGAUCUCUAAAUACAUUGCAUUACAAGGAUGGGCUCAGGAUCAUGUUGAAAUUGAACUAGAUGGUAAUGGAUAUCUAACCAAUGUAGAUUCUCUGUAUCAAGGUCAUUAUGGAUUAUAUAAAUCCCAUACUACAAUUACAUAA